ACUUCUCGUGAGAACUGUCAUGGCGAUCAUCAGAUACUUCCGCCUUUUCUCCAAGAAAACGAUUUGUGGGUUUUGUGGAUUAUUUGCCGUCUUAAUGAUUCUUAUAAAACUCAAAGGUUUUACAAUGAAAGAAAACAUGAUAAGUAAUGAUUAUCUGUUCACAGGAGGAACUGCCAAGCUUGAAAAGAUCAGUAAAGUGAAAGAUGUCAGAAAUCGCUCAACAUCAAGGGAAAUAACUCUAUCAGAAAACAAUAACAUUGUGAUAAUAUUAAAAAAUACGAACACCAAUCCAAAUUUACAAAGUAGAUUUGAGAUUCUUAUACAGUCAAUGAGCAGGAAAUCUUCAAUUCCACUUUGUUUUCACAUAAUAUGUGAUGUUGAUGGAAAAACAGGGGCAAACUCCACAAUCAGACGAUAUGCACCAAAGGGAACAAAGAUUAUAUUUCAUGAUGUUUUUGAUGUGACUCGAAAGGUUGGAGAACAGAUUACUCAAAUGCAGAACUUCUUCAGUCACAGUGCUAAAGGAUAUUAUGGAGAUCCACUGUUUUUCCUUUCAAUUGUGUUGCACAGAGUUAUUCCCCUUGACAAAGUUAUAAUGCUUGAUGUAGAUCUGAAAUUUGAUGAGGAUAUAAAAGAUUUGUUUGAAAUAUUUAGUGAAUUUUCAGAAGGAAAUAUCAUAGGUAUAGCCAGAGAAAAUCAACCAGUUUACAGACAUUUAUUUCAUCAAUACAGAGGGAAAAACCCAUCCACUAGAGUGGGAGCACCUCCUCCUAAUGGAUUGACAGGAUUCAACAGUGGUGUAUUAUUAUUAAACCUAGAGAAAAUGAGAGAAUCUAAUGCAUAUAACUCACUGAUAGACUCACCCAAAACUUUGGAAAGAUUAACACAGAAAUAUUUAUUUAAGGGACAUCUAGGAGAUCAAGACUUUUACACUCUUGUUUCUCUGGAAGAUGAGGCGCUGUUUUACAUUUUACCAUGUUCAUGGAAUCGCCAGCUCUGUGUGUGGUGGAGAGACAAUGGGUAUUCCCAGGUUUUUGAUCAGUAUUAUACUUGCUCUGAGAAAGUCAAAAUAUAUCAUGGCAACUGUAACAGCAAAAUCCCUACUUUAUCAUGGGAAAAUGAAAUCUAGUAGUAAAAAAAACACAGAGAGAUAGAGAGGAAAGAGAGUAAUAAAAAUUUUUGCAAAAUUUGAAAUAAAUAUAAUGUUCACAAAUUCAUCCAUUUUGCAGUCAAAUGGUUUUGCCAAUGUAUGGAAAGAAUGUAUCAUUUAAGGGAGAAAGUGUCAACUUCUCACUCAUUGGAUUUUUCUGAAAUUAUAUCACUUUGAUAACAGAUGAAGAUAAUAAAUUAAAUCAUAUUUA